AGGUUUCUGAGAGGAGGAGUUUCAGGUACUACACCUGGCAACCCGAGAUCUCGCGCUUUCGUCAAAACCACAGCAGCGAUCGAUAAACAUGAUCCGACACCGAGACAACUGAACCAACAGAACAGUGACAUGAGAACAUUCUGGAUAACGACAUAUUAACCCAGAAGUUUUGGGAUAUUUUUGUAUUAUUAUUAUUAUCAUCAUUUCUAACUGUCUCAUUUGAGAGUUUGUGGAUCUGACGGACUUUGACAAGACAGUCUCGUUUGAAACUAUUCACAGCUUCAGAAAAGUUUUAUGGAGGGAUUUGAUUGACAUAUACACAACAGGAACCUCUUAGCUGCUGUUGUCUUCUGGACACGGGAAUGGAAAACAGAGAUGAUGAAGUCGAUCAUAGUGUGCCAGAUGGUGAUGGGGCAAAUUCAGCUGGAGGAAACCCUGCAGGAAAGGGAAAGAGCAAGUUCCCCAACCUGGGCAAGAUCUUCAAACCCUGGAAGUGGAGGAAGAAGAAAAGCAGUGAUAAGUUCAAAGAAACAUCAGAAGUGCUGGAGAGGAAGAUAUCAAUGAGGAAGCCCAGAGAGGAGCUGAUAGAGCGAGGUUUACUAAAGGACGUCACAGAGAAUGAGAGCAAUGUCGUGAAUCACUCCAAAGGUCUUCCAGUUAAAAAUGGCCACACUGCACCACUUCCUGGAGACCGCAGGUCAGAUACAGCAUCUGAAAUCAAGGGACCAUCAUCACGACCACAGGGAGACGAACAAAGGAAUAGCCUCGCACCAGAACCGGAGCGCCGCAACAGAGCUCCCUCCGACGUUAGCCGGAACCGCCAGCCUCUAGACGUGGAUGCUCGAACUCGGUUACCAACCGAAGCGGACCGCCGCAGUCGACUGGAAUCAGACUCUGACAGACGUGUGGGAACGUUACCAAGAGAGAGACAAGGACAGGAUGAGGCAAGAUAUCGGAGGGGCGAGAGGGAAGAGAAAGGGAAUAGAGACAAAGACAGAGAUAGAUGGGACAGAAAAGAUGACAGAGACCGAGACAGAAGAGACAAAGAUAGGAGGGAUACCAGACCAGAUAAAGACGAGUGGCAUGCAAAAGACGGAAGAUUGGAGCAAAACGAACGGGAGAGAGAUAAGCGGAAUGACAGGGAGAAGCGGGAAGACAAAGACUGGAGAGACAAGAAACCGCCAAGAGACAGGAAAGAAGAUCAUGAAAGGAGGGAUGAGCCGGAAAGGGGAGAUGAUCGUGAACGAAAGGAAUUGAAUGAAAGGAGGGAAGACCGAGAAAGAAGAGAAGAGCGAGAGCGACGCGAGGAACGCGAAAGAAAAAAUGACAGAGACAGGAGGCCGGAGCCUGUGAAAAAGGUGUCUGAUGGGAAAUUAGUGCGGCCUCAGUCAGAGAUGGACAUGCGGCCCAGUAUUCAGAAAAGCUCAUCUGAAAUCGGCCUUCAGGUCCGGCCAGUUUCUGAGGCCAUUCAGAGCAGUACUUUGCCACGAUACACUCCUGCAGAGGACGAAUUAAGAUCACGAACAGGAUCAGUGGGUGUGCGGUUCAUUCCUGAGCCCAAACCUGGAAUUACCUCCACUAAAGAGUCACAGCUGCCUACUAAAAAUGCCAUCCUCCCUCCCAAAUGGCUGAUGGCCGCUUCCUCCUCCACUGAGCCUGCUCAAGCCCCAUCCUCAUCCUCAUCCUCUUCAUCGUCAUCUUCAUCCUCCUCCUCAUCCUCUGCUCCUCCUAUUGCAAAGCCUCCUCCCCGGACUGUGUCUUUAAAUGUAGACGAGUCCUUUCGUAGUAAUCCUGUUCCCCCCGUAACAACAGGAGACCAGGAGACCCUGCCCACAGUCCCCACCCAUUCGGCCCCUACAGCUUCUGUUACCCUUAAACAGCCUCCUGUGCCCCCUCCUAAACCUGCCCAUCACAACAGCAACACUGCAGUGCAAGCUUCAACAUUACAGAGGUGUAGUAAAGCUCCGCCUCCUCAGUACUGGAUGAGCUGGAGACAGCAGGCAGAUUCUGGAGUCUAUCUGUCGCUGCCUGCCUACCUCUGCCACAGGGGUGCUCAACUCUGCCCAGUGGAUCCCUCUCAAACUGCAGUCCCAGUCAAGCCAUCUCCUCCUAUUCCCCCAAAGAGGAUGACACCUGUGACCAAACGCCACUCAGAUGACUCCUCAUCCAAUCAGCCCGAGCCUCCAUCCACAGGCCCUGCCCCCGUCCCUGUGCCAGCUCCAGCCCCUGCCCUGCCCACUGUCCAAUCAAAUGAUGGCAGAAAUAGAAGCUCUGAAGACGUCUCUCCUCCACCAACCCACAUCCCCCCAUCCCCUCUUCGGGCCCAUCCGGCCCCUGACACCCCUCAUGUGGACCCUCCCAGCCCCACCACAGACCCACCCACUGAGCUGCCCCUACCUCUGCACAUACGCAUCCAGAGAGCCUUGAACAAUCCCAGCCCAACCCAUCCCAACCUGGAAGGAUCCCAGCGUGCUUACUCGCUUCUGUUUGAGUCACCGCCGGACAUCCUCGCUGAGGCCCCAGGAGGAGGGCGAUACUCGCUCCCAGUCACUAUCGAACCUCUCCGACUGCCUGAGGAUGAUGAUUUUGACAUGGAAGAAGAGCUGCAGAAGCUACGUCCAGACCCUCGGCCUGCACGACAGCUGGAAAUGGAGCCACGGAGCCGCCGAGGUCUGGUGGGAGACCCUCGAGUAACUGUCAUACCGGAGCACAGGGGACCUGAAGACAGCGAGGACGAGGAUGAGAGCGACUCUGACGGACCCAUCCAUUACAGAGAUGAAGAUGAGGAAGAUGAUGAUGAGGAGGAUGUUCCAACAAGUGGUCUUGCGAGUCGUGUGAAGCGUAAGGAUACUCUGGCACUGAAGUUGGAGCGUCAGCAGGAGAAGGAACAGUCUGAAGAGGAUGACAGCGGCACCUGGAAGAACAAAGAGCAGUGGGAGGCGCUCCGCAACAAGAUUGGCAGCACACUCACAAGGAGGUUGAGUCAGAGACCCACAGCACAAGAACUCGAGCAGAGAAACAUCCUGCUAGCCAAGAAUGAAUCUGACCGACGAGCAGAAAGAAGUGAGAUCAAACGCAGGCUGACCAGAAAGUUAUCACAGAGGCCCACAGUAGCUGAGCUUCAGGCCAGAAAAAUCCUGCGUUUUCAUGAGUAUGUGGAGUGCACUUCAGCUCAAGACUAUGACCGCCGUGCUGACAAGCCCUGGACCAAACUCACACCUGCCGACAAGGCGGCCAUAAGAAAAGAACUGAAUGAGUUUAAGAGCUCAGAAAUGGAGGUACAUGAGGAGAGCAGGAUAUACACCAGGUUUCACCGGCCAUAAUCAGGAUCUUUGCAGAGGAAGCCCUAGACAGAUAAAAGCUGCCUCUAGAACUGCAGCUAAAAUCUCUCUAUCUCACUCUAGCAUACUUUUACCCAUGAGCCUCCAGUGUGUACUGACGAGAGCCCAGGCCAGUCACUUAGAGCUAUAGAGUGAGGAAGAGGAAGUGAUGCGGGUGUGUGCGGAAUGCAGGUAAUUAAUUUCACACACUGUUGAGGAGCGAGUUUGGAGUGCCAAUCCUCUGAAGAUUUCCCAUUAUUCCUCACGACCAGAUCACUUUGUGUUGUGGAGAGACCUAUACUGGGAACUUCAUGGAAAAGAUAACAUGGAACUGUGUGGGUUGGGCUGUUUUAAUUGUCUUUGUUGUGCACAGGAAUAGACUUGUACGUGUGCAUAACAGUAAUUAUUUUAUGGAAAUUACAACACUGAUGAUAAACUGUUUUAGUGGUGAGUGACUGGGAUUGUUUGUGUGAGUGUGUUCAAUGAAAUAUGCUGUCCACUUUUGCCUUAACACUGGUACUACGUGACUUUUGUACACUGACCCUAGAAUAAUAAAGUCUGUUUAUACAUAUAACACUGAAAGCUAAUAUUUCUCUGUUUCUCACGCUAAACAAACACUGAUGUGUGUAUCUGAAAGCACAUAUUUGACAUUCUCAGGACAGCAAUACACAGUACCAUUUUACGUGCAUUUUACUGUAAAUUACAAUGCUUUUACUCUUUCACAUAGAUAAGCCUCUGUCUUUAAUAUCUUUCAUUCUUUUUAGCAACACAGCACUUCACUUUAGAUGUUUGGGGGUGAAUCUCACAAAAAACAUGUCCAUUUUGUUUCUUGUUUUUCACAAGGAAAAGAAUCCUAUUUAUAACCAAUAAGAUUUUUUGUAUUGUGACAUUAUUUUUAAGACAUAAAAGCUCAUUUAUCCUCCUAAUGUUUUAUUAGCAUAAUGUGUCUGGGCAUUUUAUUUUUCAGUUUGUUAACACUGUAAUAAAUAACCUUUUUAUUGAAAUCAGGCUUAAAUUGAAUGCAGUAAACCAAAUAAUGUGUAAAUAUUUUUUCGCAUUAUGGUAAUGACAGUUUGCGGUGUAAAUGUGCUCAAUUGUCUUAAAAAUGUCAUAUUACAGGCAGCACGUCUUAAUAGUCCUAAAAACAAAAUAGCCUGCAUUUUCUAUGUGCAAAAUAUAAUGUAUUAUUUUUUCUUUUGAUUUUGGGGUUAAAUAUGAACUGGAGAUGUUUGUUUUGUCAGAUUUAGAGCCUUCAGCUCUUAAAUGAAAUUUUACACUGUACUUUGAGCAAUUUUAAACAAAAUGGUUGAUGUUACAUCAUGGAGUCACUGAAAAUGUAAAACUGCUGGUGCAUUUUUAAGUGGUACAUUAAAAUGAGCUCAUUUUCACUGCUGGUUUUAUUGUACACUUUGUUUUUAUAGGCCCAUAGACGACCUGUGCACUGUAUAGAUAUAUGCUGUAGAUUGAUUGUAUAUCUUGUAUCCCUGAUGUCAGAAAUAUGUUUUAAUUGUAAGUGUAGUACUACACUAUCCUGUUUUUAUAAAGCACAAACAAAAAUGCAACAGAGAUACAAUGAUCCGGUACAGACAAGAAGAUCUGUUUUAUUCCACUGUAUAGUUCUUUUUUAUGUAAAGAUGUAUACAUAAAGGUCUUUCAAGAAUCAAAUGUACAUUCACUUCCCUAUUAAUUAAAAAUCUAAA